UGCCGCUGGUUUAACCAAGUUAUAUAAAGCCUGUAUAUUGAACUGAUCUGGAGAAUGGCGUGUGGACGUACCCCAAUUUGUCCGGAACCACAUAUUGAACUGAACUGAACUAAAUGACGUGUUAGAUUCCUGUAAGGUUGCUGUAUUGUCAUCGUAAAAAGAUGAGCACGAAUAUAAAUGAAAAUGAAACUAUUGAAGAAUAUGAAUCUUCUAUAAAAAAUGUGAUCGAACAACGUUCUCUUCGAUGGAUAUUUGUGGGAGGCAAAGGUGGAGUUGGAAAAACAACUUGCAGUUGCUCUUUAGCAGUACAGCUGUCUAAGGUUAGGGAAAGCGUACUUAUUAUAUCUACAGACCCAGCACAUAACAUUUCCGAUGCUUUUGAUCAAAAAUUUAGCAAGAUACCUACAAAAAUAAAAGAUUUUGAUAACUUAUUUGCAAUGGAAGUUGAUCCUAAUGUAGGUAUUACAGAAUUACCAGAAGAAUAUUUUGAUAGCGAAGGAGUUUCAGGAGGAGAAGCAAUGAGGUUAAGCAAAAAUGUUAUGCAAGAAAUUGUUGGUGCAUUUCCUGGUAUAGAUGAGACGAUGAGUUAUGCAGAAGUUAUGAAACUUGUGAAAGGAAUGAAUUUCUCUGUUGUGGUAUUUGAUACUGCACCUACUGGACAUACUCUAAGACUGCUAUCAUUUCCACAAAUAGUUGAGAAAGGAUUGGGGAAAUUAAUGCGUCUGAAAAUGAAGAUUAAUCCCUUCGUUACACAGAUAAGUUCAUUGUUGGGAAUGACAGAUUUCAAUGUGGAUACUUUCUCAAAUAAAAUAGAGGAAAUGCUUGCUAUUAUUCGGCAAGUUAAUGAACAAUUUCGAAAUCCUGAUCAAACAACUUUUAUAUGUGUCUGCAUAGCAGAAUUUUUAUCACUCUACGAAACAGAACGGCUUGUGCAAGAAUUGACGAAAUAUGGUAUCGACACCCACAACAUUAUAGUAAAUCAGUUGUUAUUCUUGAAGGAAGGAGAUAAUCCUUGUCGACUUUGUCUUGCUAGACACAGAAUACAAAAUAAAUAUUUAGAUCAGAUAAUGGAUCUUUAUGAGGAGUUCCACGUCACACGGCUUCCAUUAUUGGAGAGAGAAGUGCGCGGUGGUGCACAAGUCAGGGAAUUUUCGGAAAACCUUGUUAAACCUUAUAAGCCUUAGCAUAUGUGUAAUUAAUGUUUAACAAUUAAUUAAUGUAUUUACAAUUAAUGUAUAACAAUUAAUUAAUAACAGUAAUUAAUGUUUAACAAUAUAAGUAAUAUAAUAUACUUUACUUAAAAAAUCUUAAGUUUUAUAUAUUUGCGAUCUAGCGUAUUGUCUUUAAAACUGCACAAAAAUAGCUAUAUGAUAUUUAUGUAGUGCAUUUAAAGCAUUUCUUAUUGCACAUAUUAAUAAAUUCAUACAGUGUUA